CGCGAUUGGAUUUAAUUCAGGAAACUUGAAAAAAGCUGGAAAAGGAUAUGUGAAAUUUUUUUUUUGUUCCGGCUGAAUUUUGAAACGAGAUCUCCCAGAUGACGCUACCGUAAGUGUGACGCAGUCACUUUCUUUUUUUUUUCUCGUUGUUGUGACGUUACUCCAUAACGCUCCACUCAGCUCCACUCCAUCUGCUCCACCAUGGCGCGACGUUGACAAGCCACGACGUAAAGGAGUUAUCAAUGAGGAUCUGACGUGUUGACGAAUCGAGACUAUAUCGGGAACGCAUUAUGGACCUGGCCAAAUCGUUCUUCAAUGUUCGCGAUCAUGAUGGUUACGUCGGAAAAGAGGAACAUAAUAAAAAAAUAGAAACAGCUAUUUCCGAAGAUGAGAUCGAAAUAGAAGUUGGAAGUUUGUGUGGUGAGGCUUUGUCGCCAGCACCAGGUGGUCCAUUUUCAGCAUUGACUCCAUCCAUGUGGCCACAAGAUAUCUUGGUUAAAUUGAAUCAACCUGAUGAUCCAAAUUCACAACCUGAAUAUAGGUUUGAUGAAUUUGGCUUUCGUGUGGAAGAAGAAGAUGGCCCUGAACAGAAUUCAAAAAAAUUGCUGGGAAUACCAUUUGUUGAGGAUCCUCAACAUAGAUUGCAAUGGGUUGCUCUUUUGGAAUUUAGCCAUAAUAAAGAAGUGGCAGAACUCUCCUGGCAAAAUAUGGAUCGAAAUCUACCACGUACAGAUAAAUUACGUGAAAUGGUUCGCCGCGGCAUACCUCAUUCCUUGAGACCUCAAAUUUGGAUGCGCAUGUCAGGAGCACUUCAGAAAAAAUGUUCAUCGGAAAUAAUGUACAAAGAUAUAGUGAAAGCAUCGAGUAAUGAUGCAUUAAUGACCAAUAAGCAAAUAGAAAAAGAUCUCCUUCGCAUUAUGCCAGCCAAUGCAUGUUUUAGUCAUCUGCAUAGUACUGGUAUACCUCGUUUAAGACGCGUUAUGCGUGCCUUAGCUUGGUUAUAUCCUGAUAUUGGUUACUGUCAAGGUACGGGUACGAUGGCAGCGUCAUUAUUAUUACUUUUGGAAGAGGAAGAUGCAUUCUGGAUGAUGGCAACAAUAGUGGAAGAUUUGUUACCAGCUUCUUAUUACUCUUCGACAUUAUUAGGUAUUCAAGCCGACCAAAAAGUACUUCGCACAUUAGUAGCUAAUUACCUUCCUGACAUAGAUCAUGUUUUGCUGCAACAUGACAUAGAAUUAAGUCUUAUAUCUCUGCACUGGUUUCUGACUUUAUUUGCAUCAGUUGUGCAUAUGAAAAUAUUACUACGAAUAUGGGAUAUGUUCCUUUUUGAUGGAUCUAUAGUUUUAUUCCAAAUUACGCUUGGGAUGUUGAAGAUAAAAGAAACAGACUUGAGACAAUUGGAGAACUCUGCACAAAUAUUUAACGCUCUCUCAGAUAUACCAGGAGACAUUGAUGAUGUGGACCAAUUAUUCAAUGUAUCUUUAGAAGUUAGUGGAUCACUGACAGACGUGUUAGUCGAGACUCAUCGACGUCGUCAUUUAGCUUAUUUAAUGGCUGAUCAAGGCGGAUUGGUAGGAAAUCCAGAUGCAGUACCGAAUUUACCAAAACAACAUUUGAAUAGACGUCAAAUGAAGCGAAAUAAAUCAAUGUUGCAAACAAUUUUAUUUGGAAAUGAUGAUGGCGAAGACGAUGCAAAAUCUAAAAAUAUUCGUCAAACAGAAAUUCUAGUUGAUCUAAGAGAAGCUGUUUUACAAGUUGCAAGACAUUUCAUAAAUGUCGAUCCAAAAUUAAAUAAUGUUGUUCUCAUAGCAGAUUAUACAAUGGAAAGUCAUGCAAAAGACCAUGACAAUUAUGUUAAUGUGUCGCGAACACGAAAAAGAAGAGCAAAAGCUUUACUAGAUUUUGAGAGACAUGAUGAUGAUGAACUUGGCUUUAGAAAGAAUGAUAUAAUUACAAUCAUUAGUCAAAAAGAUGAACAUUGCUGGGUGGGAGAACUUAAUGGACUAAGAGGAUGGUUUCCUGCUAAGUUUGUAGAAUUGCUAGAUGAACGUAGUAAACAAUAUACAUGCGCUGGAGAUGAUGCGGUUAGCGAAGCUGUUACGGAUUUAGUAAGAGGUACAUUGUGUCCCACUGUGAAAGCAGUCUUAGAGCAUGGAAUGAAAAGACCAUCAUUUUUGGGUGGACCGUGUCAUCCGUGGUUAUUUAUAGAAGAAGCUUCUAACAGAGAAGUGGAAAAAGACUUCAAUUCUGUUUAUAGUCGAUUGGUGCUGUGCAAAACAUACAGAUUGGAUGAAGAUGGCAAGGUUCUCACACCAGAAGAGUUAUUAUAUCGCUGUGUCCAAUCCGUAAAUUUAACACACGACAAUGCACACGCUCAGAUGGAUGUGAAAUUACGUUCUCUCAUUUGUCUCGGUUUAAACGAACAAGUGCUUCAUUUAUGGCUCGAAGUCUUAUGUUCCUGUGUAGAAGUAGUGCAAAAGUGGUAUCAACCGUGGAGCUUCAUAAAUAGUCCAGGUUGGGUGCAAAUAAAAUGUGAGUUAAGAAUAUUAAGUCAAUUUGCAUUUAACUUGAAUCCCGACUGGGAAUUACCGCCCAAAAAAGAACAAUCACAGCCUUUAAAAGAUGGAGUUCGUGAUAUGCUAGUCAAACAUCAUUUAUUUAGUUGGGAUCUUUAG